GCCAUCUCCAUGGUGACCGCCACCGGGUCACCCAUUUGGCCUCGAAAGCCGGCGUUGCGUCUUUGUGUAUGCGCCGGAAGCGAUAGUUCCUGAGCCGGUGCCCGCUGAAAACACCCGGCUGGGGUCCGCGCGGGAGAAAUUAGACCGUCCCGGGGCAGUGUCGGCUGGCGGGGACGACAGGCAUCUGCCGACCCCAGUGACAAUGGCCGUGUUUCACGACGAGGUGGAGAUCGAGGACUUCCAAUAUGAUGAAGACUCGGAGACGUAUUUCUACCCCUGCCCGUGUGGGGAUAACUUCUGCAUUACCAAGGAAGAUUUGGAGAAUGGGGAAGACGUGGCAACGUGUCCUAGCUGCUCUCUCAUUAUAAAAGUAAUUUAUGACAAGGAUCAGUUUAUGUGUGGAGAAACAGUCCCAGCCCCUUCCACUCACAAAGAAUUAGUUAAAUGCUGAAGAAGACUUUAGGAUUCCAAAUGCUGAACAUUUGGGAAUGAGCCAGGCUGGAAAAAUCAAAUGCAAAGUUACUGGCUUCUUCCUGAGGACAACCAUUCUGUAGUCGGCUCUUCCAUUAGAGUGUGGAUCCUUGCCUUUGGCUGCCAAGUUCAUCUCCAACUAAAGAAGCAAGUGCACGACACGACAUGCCUGGAUUUUGUGCUUAGAACUUUGAACUGGAUGUGUUGUUAAUUUUCCAUGUGAAUUUUGUGUCUCACACCUGUUUUCUUCCUUAUCCGAUCACAGCAUCAUCUUCCUCAAAGUCAUUAGGAUUCCUUAAUAAAAGGGGGGAUUGUAUUUUGGGUUUAGUUAUUAAGAUGAUUAAAAUUAGCCCUUUCUUUGAAAUCGGACAUCACCUUUGCUGUUCUAAACUCCAAUUAGCUGCUUUGUCCACAUGCACUUUCAGUUCCCACUUCUCAGUCUUGCAUUCAUUAGAACGUUCAUGUUCUGUUCAGCAUGCCACUUCCAUUAUACUUCCUACAUGGAGUUCUGCUCGUGGAAGUAGAGAGAAAAUAUACUGAGCUCACCCUUUUUCCAGAGCAAAAAGUUAGUAAGAAAGAAAAGUCAAAAAGUGAAAUGGUCAAAGAAUCUGGCGUUUCCUGAUCAAUCUUCCGCAUGUUCCUCGAACGUUGGGACAAGACAAAAAGAAAAGCAGCCGAAGGAAUGAAAUUGGUUGCGGAACGAGAGGAGGAAAACUUGCCAACUUAUAAAUUAAACGCUUGAAUGGUUUUGCCAGGUCAGAGCAGGUAAUAACUGCGUAUCUGGGUCUUGUUUGUCUGUUUUUGGAUCAGGCUAAUGAAAUUGCUUUCGAGAUAGGGGUCCGUGUCAAGGCCUUGCAGCUGGCAACGGUGCUUUCAGCGUUACCUCAAAAUCGACUCACUGCCCCUAAAAGGCAAAGCUUCUACAGCAACUCUUGGUUUGCCGAGGAUGAACUUGAAGAUGAGAUGCCGACUCUAAAUAAAUACGUCCCUGGGGAUGCGUCUAACAAGUAGUUAUAAGCUGUACCUGAACCAGACGUGCAUUCUUAGAAGUGUAAAAAGAAUUUAUAAAGACAGACUAUCAGACUUCCUUUGCUUCAGUGUAGUAGCAAGAAAUCAGAAUCGCUUACACGAAAAUUCAAGAUUUUCUUUUAUAUACACAAUUUUCCUAUGUGUUUAUAAAAUUUAAAAAUUCACUGAUGUCCGGCAGGUUGUUUUGGAUGGGAACGUUUCCCGUAAUUGGAAAAAAAUAGCUUGCCAGAACAUGACCAGUCUGUCGCUGGUUGAUACGUGUGCCUCACACACUCGCCAAGGGUUUAAAUUAAAACAACUAAGUCGCCUUUUUAAAAAACAAAACAAAAACAAAACCCACAAAAAAAACACCUUGCAAAAGCACGGUUAUGUGCAGCCGUUACGUUAAAUCACCAAACAUUGUAUGCCAGAAGUGCAUAGUACGUUAUACGGUAUUAUAUAGCAUAUUCACGGAAUGAGAAGUCUCACUGCUGUUCAGGGACACACUGAUGCCCCAGAAGAAUUGGCCAGUGAAUUUGAGCCAAUGGCAACUUAGAUGAGAGCAUGUUAUAUGCUGACUGCUGGGAAUUAACUGCAAAGAGAAAUGAACUGUCCCAUGCUCGGAUUUGAUGGUUUUGUAAAUCCCAAUAUUAACUCCUUCAGCUGAUGAUGAAUUUCAGACAGGAACAGGCACCCCUGAUGUAGGUCUACUGUGAACAUAGAAGGAAUAAAAGUCCCCAAGUCCAAACAUCCCAGGAGAGAAAAAGUGCACUGGCAGUCAGUGAUCAAUGAUAAUCUGCAGUGAUUGGAGUGAUUCUGUUUCCAGAAUUUGUUAACUGCAAAAGAACAAGGUUUAAUCCUAUGUUAAGCAGAAAGUAACACAAGGGCCUUUGGGGUAUGACUAGAGUUCUUUGUGAUGCUAUGUGCCUUGUGUACUUUACCAGACCUUUCAGACCACUUCUGAGAACUGAUUUGUAAUCCAGGCUGUCUCUUAGUAGCUUUGUAGUCUUUGCAGUGGAUUUGUCACUUCUACAAUUAGGAGACCAGAUCGGGUGAUUUCUAAACUGUCAGUACUAGAACUUCAGCCUUCAUAGCCUGCGGGAGCUGAAAUGGUCAUUGAAACCUUUAUAAACUCAGAACUAAAUCAUGAACUAUUAGAGGAGACCCCAUGCUUCUUUAGUGACUUAAUGUUACCACACUUCAGAGUUUGAAAAUAAAGUCGACUAUUUAAAGGAUUCUGCAUAUAUCUUCGUGUACACCUCCAGAACCACUUUAGGGAAAGCGCCCCGAUGCUUUUGAUUGCUGUGCAUAUUAAUUUAUUAUCAGGAUACUAAAUAAAGUCAUAAUUCAAAUCCAUUUGUUUUCAUGUAGCU